GAGGGGCUCCUGGGGACCCAUAUCUUGGGCAGUAGGACUUGGCUCUCCCCCUGAGGCCAGGGAGUCCUAGGUCCCAGGUCCCCUGAAGACCCUCUCGCUUUUCCCACAGACACUGGAGAGCAGCGUCCUGUGCCAGGAGGAGGGCUUGGGCACGCGGGAACUGGCCCAGGACGCUCAGACCACCAGCCUUCCUGCCCGCAUCAAGGAGAUUGUCACCCGCAACCUCUCCCAGCCUGAGAGCCCAGCCCCACUGCCGGCCACGGAGAUGGCAUCGCUGCUGUCACUGCAGGAGGAGAACCAGCUGCUGCAGCAGGAGCUGUCCCGCGUGGAGGACCUGCUGGUCCAGAGCCGUGCCAAGUGUGAUGAACUGGCCAUUAAGUACAACGCGGUCAGCGAGAGGCUGGAGCAGACUCUGCGGCUGGAGUCUGGGGAGCUGGAGACGCAGGAGCCCAGGGGGCUGGUACGGCAGAGCGUGGAGUUGCGGAGGCAGCUGCAGGAGGAGCAGGCCUCCUACCGACGCAAGCUGCAGGCCUACCAGGAGGGCCAGCAGCGGCAGGCCCAGCUUGUACAGCGGCUGCAGGGCAAGAUUCUCCAGUACAAGAAGAGGUGCUCGGAGCUGGAGCAGCAGCUGCUGGAGAGAUCUAGAGAGCUGGAGCAGCAGCGACUGAGGGACACAGAACACAGCCAAGACCUGGAGAGCGCCCUCAUUCGGCUGGAAGAGGAGCAGCAGAGGAGUGCCAGUCUGGCCCAGGUGAAUGCCAUGCUCCGAGAACAGCUUGACCAGGCAGGCUCGGCCAACCAGGCUCUGAGUGAGGACAUACGAAAGGUGACCAGCGACUGGGCACGCAGCCGCAAGGAGCUGGAGCAGCGGGAGGCAGCAUGGAGGCGUGAGGAGGAG